CACAGCACAAUAAUGAUGGGCUGUGAGGAGUUGUAAUUAGAGCUAGUGCUCCAGCUCUCUCCUGCUUCCUCUCUCUCCUCCCCGGCUCGCUCAUCUGAUGUUUGGCUUUGUUUCGCCCUCCCUCUCCGUCUAUUUCUGCGCCGAGCCCUGGAGUGAAGCUUCCUCACACGCGUCUGACUGAGUGACACCCUCCUCCUUUCAGUGAUGCUCGUUUUUCUUCAAUAGGUGAUUGAGAGUUCCAAAACAUACCCCGAAUCGAGAGAGGUGCGCAGUGGCGCGCGCCGCUUUUACGCACGGAAGUUGGAGUUCCAAUUUACGCACCAAACUAUCCAAAUCCUUCGUGACGGAUUUAUGAAUUAUUUUCAGGGAGGAUAACUCAGCAACAAUGCGGGGAACUGAGCUGCUGCUUGGCUACUUUUUGGUGAAAGUUCUGGUUUGUGACGCGCAGGGGGAACCGGACCAAACCGUCGACGACUUCAUCAUAAUGACCGGGUUUAACGAGUCCACGGAUGGGGAGAGUCUGGUCACGGAGAGCCCCCACACGGAGGAGAAGUGCCAGGGUUACUACGAUGUGAUGGGUCAGUGGGACCCGCCGUUCGUGUGCAGGACCGGCAGCUACCUGUACUGCUGCGGCACCUGUGGCUUCAGGUUCUGCUGCGAGUACAAAAGCUCCCGCCUGGACCAAACCACCUGUAUGAACUACGGCACCCCCCCGUGGAUGAUGACCGGGAGGCCCCCCUCGAAGGUGGACGUGGCGCUGGAGUCCGCUAAGGAUAAGACCAGCCUGAUUGUGUACAUCAUAUGCGGGAUCGUGGCCAUCGUGGCGCUGAUCGGGAUUUUCACCAAGCUUGGUUUGGAAAAGACGCACCGUCCACACAGAGAGAACAUGUCAAGAGCUCUUGCACACGUAAUCCGACAUCCCGCCUCAGAGCAUGCAGACAUCCUUGGACUUAAUCAGCACUAUGAGAACAUCCAAGCCGAGUUAUCGCUAACCAGUUUCUACACUAACCAGAUGAACAACGUGGCUCAAUCACCAGCUUUGAUAAGUCAGCCAUAUCCAGCCGUGGGACAGAUAAUCAGCCCAUAUGAGCAACAGACUCCCCUGAAAGACCUCAACAAGUACACCACCCUCAAGACUGUAGCAGAGAAAGCGGGUGAAGGCUACCAAAGCAGCCGGCAGCAACCCUUCGAGAUGACGACCAAGAGCAGCCUUCCAAUGGAGGAGGUGGACAUAGAGCCGGAGCUGACGAACCCCUACAGCCCACCCAGACAGAAGUCUAUGAAACAGGACGGACACAAGAGCAGGAGCCCCCGCAGCUACAGCACCCAGUCUCUGUACUACAGCUCCAGCUCGGCAGCCAGCCCGGGGGCGCUGAGACCCUGGCAGAGCAAAGACACACUGGGCCACCGACAGAGUUACGGACCCAAAAAACUCAGCACAAUCGAGAAAGAGCUACACAACUCCCGCUACAUGCCUCCACAACCAUACUUUGUGACCAACAGCAAGACAGAAGUGACAGUAUGAGGAAGCGUCUCCACGAGGAUCCCAACUUGAGUUUGCAUUAAAGGACAUGAACUGGUGGCUUCGUGUUGCAAAACAGGAAACAUAUUAAAGUGUUUGUAUGUGGAAUCGGUAAACAUUUAAAGCCUUAGUCACAAGUAUGGGAGCUGCAGGUUUACAUCUUCAAGUCCCACUUUGAUCAUCUUUUCAUCUAUUUUCAAAGCGUUCCCCAGUGUUUUUUUUUAUAUUAUUUAGCAAUUUUUAGCCAAAAUCAAAAAAUCUGUGUUGUUUUCUAGGACAUGUUUUCUGCAGAGUGGCUCUGAGUUGAGGGUGGGGAUUAAACCUGCCCGCCACUUCCCAUCAUCCAUCUGUUUAGCGCACUGUCCCUCACACCCUCAACCUAACUUUAUUGGUGCAACAAAAAUGGCAAGAAAUAUCGGAGAAAUCCGAUAGUUUUGUACCAGAUGCCAGUUCAGAUGAGGAAAACAUGGAUCUAGGCGUACACAAGUGGAUAUACCAGGAGUUCGUGGCCCACUGGUUGUAGUCUCCCACUUACAAGCUUUUUCAAUCUGCAUUCUGUCUGCUCCUGAUUCACAACGAUUCAAAUAACACUUUUUCAUUCUCAAGUCAUCGCUUAGACAUGUUAUUAAGGUCACUUUUUAAUGUUUUGGGUGUCCCUAAUUCUUUGUUUCUUGACGUCCUAUUAGGGUUCCAGACAUUUUGUCUGGACGCGGUACUGGCACCCUAAUGCUGCAUUCAUUCCGACUGCGGCAACCCUGCAUCAUCUAACAGUGAAACUUAACACCUUCACCUCCUGGAUCGCAUCCGGUGUGAAUGCACCUUGACCCGGCAUUAAUCCCUAUCUGGUACCGCGUCCAGUACAGCGGUAUCGCAUUUAUAUCCGCCUGCGCCACGGCUUCGUUGCGUCUCGGGAGUGGACUAGCUUCAGCCGAUGGCUUACACUGGCUGCUGCUCCAGCCACAGCCUGUGAAAGCUCAGCCCAGACAGAGAAGUGCUGGAUCUCUAUGAUCAGCUUCUUGUUGUCCAUGGUUAUGACUGACAACGCUGUGCUG